GUUAUGGAUGGGCAAAAUGAAGUGGACAUUUCAAACAAUAACAUCACACCAUUGUGGAGAAGGAGGCCAGCCCACCAAGUCAGUUUGCACACAAGAAGCAAACCCAGGCCCCAGUCCUACCAGAGUUCCACUGGGGUCCUUUUCACAGAUUUCCCUGUGGAAGACAGGGAUAUGUUCACUUUAACUCAGCCUACUGAAACAAUAAUUACUUCUCGGGACAACAAUUCUCGGGACAACAAUGUUGAGAAGAGUCCUUUGCAUUUCAGCUGCAGCCUCGGUUCAGUGCCAAAUGGGAAGGUUCGAUUUCCAGAGAACAAAUCUCUCUCCCCUAGGCUUUCUGACAGGAUGUCUCAAGUCCUGAAAAUGGUUUCAAAUAAUUCUAUAAAUCGUACAGCUAGUGAUUCUAUAAGUUCAGCAGGUAGCAAACUGGUUCAUUCAGCGAGGGUUUCUGAUCAAUCAUCGCUUAGCCCCGAGAAGGAACAAAUUGUUUUCACGUCGAGGCUUGGAUUUUCUCCCACAGAAAACAUACAUUCACCAAACAACAACACAAGCACUGCCUCAGCAUUUCAACCAAGCCAGCCUCCUAAAACCCCAGAGAAGGCACCUGUUCGAUUGCCUCCCUCUUCUGAACAGCACCAUCUACCUCUUCAAAGACUGCCAUCAAAUGAGACUGACCUCACAGAAGCACAACCUGUGGUUUUGAGUACAAAUAGUCCUGCUGCGUUGAAAGUGGGGAAGCAACAGAUCAUCCCUAAGAGUCUGGCUUCUGAAAUAAAAGUAACCAACAAAUACAGUAGCCAAAAUGGGGAGCCAAACAGGAGGGCUCUUAAAGUUCGCAGCCUGGUGGAGACUGUUAAUGCACCUUUGGUAACUGGUGGAGGUGGAGAAGCAGAGGGUGAUAUGGACAGCCCGGGGAUACUGAGGCGUGGUUUGAGGUCCACUUCCUAUCGGCGAGCCGUUGUGAGUGGUGUUGAGUUUGAUAGUACAGCCAACUUUAAGAAGAAAAACAGAAUGUCCCAGCCAGUAUUGAAAGCAGUAGUUGAAGACAAGGAAAAAUUUUCUAGUUUAGGAAGAAUAAAGAAGAAAAUGCAGAAAGGACAAGGGACGUUUGAUGGAGAAGAAAAUGCUGUGUUGUAUCAGAACUACAAAGAAAAAGCACUAGAUAUCGAUUCCGAUGAAGAGGUAGAAUCGAAAGAACAGAAGUUAGAUGAAAAGAUAGUUAUUCAAUACAAACCUCUGAGAUCAACAUGGAGUCAGUUAUCUGUGGUGAAAAGGAACGGUCUAUCUCAGACUAUCAGCCAAGAGGAAAGAAAAAGACAAGAGGCUAUAUUUGAAGUAAUAUCUUCAGAACAUUCAUAUUUGCUCAGCCUGGAUAUUCUGAUACGGAUGUUUAAAAACUCUAAAGAACUCAGUUCUACAAUGACCAAAACGGAAAGCCAUCACCUUUUCUCCAAUAUUGCCGAUGUCUGUGAAGCAAGCAAGAAAUUCUUCAAAGAGCUUGAAGCAAGACAUCGGAACAACAUCUUCAUAGAAGAUAUCAGUGAUAUUGUGGAAAAGCAUACUUCAUCAACUUUUGACCCUUAUGUAAAAUAUUGCUCAAAUGAAGUCUAUCAACAGCGAACACUACAGAAAUUACUAUCUAUAAAUCCAGCCUUCAAGGACAUUCUGUCACGGAUUGAGUCCCAAGAAGAAUGCAGGAACUUGCCUAUGAUUUCUUUCCUAAUCCUCCCGAUGCAAAGGGUUACACGACUUCCGCUGCUGAUGGAUACUAUUUGCCAAAAGACACCUAAAGAUUCACCAAAAUAUGAAGCUAGCAAGCGGGCACUAAAAGAAGUAAGCAAGUUGGUUCGCCUGUGCAAUGAAGGUGCUCGGAAGAUGGAAAGGACCGAAAUGAUGUACACUAUUAAUUCCCAGCUGGAAUUCAAGAUCAAGCCUUUUCCAUUGGUGUCUUCUUCCCGGUGGCUAGUGAAACGGGGUGAAUUGACAGCAUAUGUGGAGGACACUGGGAUUUUCUCUAAAAGGACUUCCAAGCAACAGGUGUACUUCUUCCUCUUUAACGAUGUCCUCAUUAUCACUAAGAAGAAAAGUGAAGAGAGCUACAAUGUCACAGACUAUUCCUUAAGGGACCAGCUGUUAGUUGAACAGUGUGACAGCGAAGAGCUGAAUGCCUCUCCUGUAAAAAACAGCACAACUAUGCUUUACUCCCGGCAGACCUCUGCAAAUCACCUCUUCAGAUUAACUGUCCUAAGUAACCACGCAGGAGAGAAAAUUGAACUACUACUGGGAACUGAAACUCAAAAUGAGCGUGCUCGCUGGAUUACUGCCCUUGGACAGUGCAGUGAUAGACAUGCCAUGGAUAGGAGAACGCUGAUGCAGGUAGAGGUCAUCAGAUCAUAUACUGCCAAGCAAUCGGAUGAACUCUCUCUCCAAGCUGCUGAUGUGGUUCUGGUGUACCAAAAAGUGAACGAUGGUUGGUAUGAAGGAAAGCGAUUGCGUGAUGGGGAGAGAGGCUGGUUUCCAGUGGAAUGUGCCAAGGAGAUCACAUGUCAAGCCACAAUUGACAAGAACAUGGAAAGGAUGGGGCGUUUGUUGGGCCUCGAAACAAAUGUUUAGACCCUCACUGCCUUAAUCUUUGCUCUAGGAUUUGCACUUCAUCAUCUGUGUGGUUUCUUGGACUGCUUUGGGUGGCUACUUAAUAAG